CCCAGAGAAUGGGCGGAGCGUCCGCGGGAGGGGGGGGGGGGAAGGCAUACCUUCUUGGAUUACCGCGAUAUAGAGGCUGCGCCUAAACAGAGGGGCGGCUCCUGGGAGGCGGAGUCUGAGGCGGAACCGCAUUUAGAGCUCCGCCCCUAAGGCCCCGGAGCUGCCUUCUCCUUAUUCCUGCAGCGCGGCUUUAGGGAGGAAGGUCCUGGGGUCUGAUGUCACGUGGGCUUCCUCUCCUCCUACAAUUCUCCUGGGCACCCCCUCCUUGCUGCUGGGGAUCCCUCGGGGAUCCAUUGUCCUGCUUUGUCCGUAGAGAGGUGCCGGUCUGAAGCCAGUGACCCUCCUGAGAAGUGCCUGUGGCUUUGUGGACCUUCUCCCUACCGUGAGCCCCGCUCAGUGACAAGUGGGGCUUCUCAUGGGCCUCCUUUCCUCCCCAGGACCUCAGCCUCCCGUGGCCUCUGCUUUGCUCUGAGGAGAGGAGGCGAUGGUCCCUAGCGUGACUGCCGGGCCUGGCCAGGAAUCAGUGACAUUCAAAGAUGUGGCUGUGGAAUUUACCUGGGAAGAGUGGAUACUUUUGGACCCAUCUCAGAAAAACUUGUACAGGGAUGUGAUGCUGGAAAACUUUAGAAAUUUGAUCUCUUUGGGAUUUGCAACUUCCAAACCAGAUGUAAUCUACCAGUUGGAAAGAAAGGAAACAGCUUGGAUACCAGAACCAGAUAUUCGAAGAAGCAGCUGUCCAGGAAGUAAAGAAUUUCCUGGCGAGAAAUCUUAUGAAUGCAGUAUAUGUGAGAAGGCUUUCAGCAGCACAACACAACUCAUUGUGCAUCAGAGAACUCAUAUUGGAGAGAUUCUUUAUGAAUGUAAGGAAUGUAGGAAGGCCUUCCAUCGGAACUCAGAUUGUAUUAAACAUCAAAGAAUUCAUACUGAAAAGAAACAUUAUGAAUGUAAUGAAUGUGGGAAGACCUUCAGAAAGAAGCCACAACUUAUUGUACAUCAGAGAAUUCAUACUGGAGAGAGACCUUAUGAAUGUAAUGAAUGUAGGAAGGCCUUCAGGAGUAAGAGACAACUUACUACGCAUCAGACAAUUCAUUCUGGGAAGAAACCUUAUGAAUGUAAAGAGUGUGGGAAAGCCUUCCUUCGCAAGUCAGAUCUUAAUAAACACCAGAGAAUUCAUAUUGGAGAAAAACCUUAUGAGUGUAAUGAGUGUGGGAAGUCCUUUAGGCAAAGGACACAAUUUUAUAUCCAUCAGACCAUUCAUACUGGAAAGAUUCCUCAUGAAUGUAAAGAGUGUGGGAAGGCCUUCCUCUACAACUCAGAACUUAUUAAACAUCAAAGAAUUCACACAGGAGAGAAACCUUAUAAAUGCUGUGAAUGUGGGAAGGCCUUCAGAAAGAAAUCACAUUUUACUGUCCAUCAGAGGAUUCAUACUGGAGAGAUUCUUUAUGAAUGUAAGGAUUGUGGGAAGGCUUUCUUCUACAAUUCAGAACUUAUUCGACAUCAAAGAAUUCAUACUGGGGAGAGACCUUAUGAAUGUAAUGAAUGUAGGAAGGCCUUCAAGAGUAAGGCACAACUUACGCAACAUCAGAGCAUUCAUACUGGGAGGAAACCUUAUGAAUGUAAGGAGUGUGGGAAAGCCUUCCUUCGCAACUCAGAUCUUAAUAAACAUCAGAGAAUUCAUACUGGAGAAAAACCUUAUGAGUGUAAUGAGUGUGGGAAGUCCUUUAGGCAAAGGGCACAACUUUAUAUGCAUCAGAGCAUUCACACUGGAGAGAUCCCUCAUCAGUGUAAAGAGUGUGGGAAGGCUUUCAUCUAUAACUCAGAACUUAGUCUACAUCAAAGAAUUCAUACUGGAGAGAAACCUUAUAAAUGCUGUGAAUGUGGGGAGGCUUUCAGAAAGAAGUCACAUCUUACUAUCCAUCAGAGGAUUCAUACUGGAGAGAUUCUUUAUGAAUGUAAGGAUUGUGGGAAGAUUUGCCACUAUAACUCAGAGCUUAUUCGACAUCAAAGAAUUCAUACUGGGGAGAGACCUUAUGAAUGUAAUGAAUGUGGGAAGGCUUUCAGAAGAAAGCCACAACUUAUUUUACACCAGAACAUUCAUACUGGAGUGAAACCUUAUGAAUGUAGUGAAUGUGGGAAGGCUUUCAGAAGAAAGCCUCAACUUAUUGUACACCAGAGCAUUCAUACUGGAGUGAAGCCUUAUGAAUGUAAUGAAUGUGGAAAGGCCUUCAAGAGGAAGGCAAAUUUUAUUGAACACCAGAGCAUUCACACUGGAGUGAGGCCUUAUGAAUGUAAUGAAUGUGGAAAAACCUUCAAGCGGAAGGCAAAUUUUAUUGAACAUCAGAGCAUUCAUACGGGAGAGAAACCUUUUGCAUGUAAUGAAUGUAGAAAGGCCUUUAGUAGUAAGACAAAACUUAAUGUGCAUCAGAAAAUUCACACUGGAGAGAAACCUUAUGAAUGUAAAGAGUGUGGGAAGGCUUUCAGAAAGAAGUCACAUCUUACUGUCCAUCAGAGGAUUCAUACUGGAGAGAGUCUUUAUGAAUGUAAAGAUUGUGGGAAGGCUUUCCUCUACAAUUCAGAUCUUAUUGUACAUCAAAGAAUUCAUACUGGGGAGAGACCUUAUGAAUGUAAUGAAUGUGGGAAGACCUUCAAACAAAGACCCCAACUUACUCAACAUCAGAGAAUUCAUACUAGAAAGAAUCCUUUUGAAUGUAAUAAAUGUGAGAAGAUCUUCAAAAUGAGGACACAUCUUGUUCAACAUCAAAAAAUUCAUUCUAGGUAGAAACCUUAAAAGUAUAAUACAUGUGAGAAAGCUUUUAGACCGAAGCCACUAUAUUCAUCACAGAAUUCAUAGUGGAAAGAUAACUCAUGGAAGUAAGAAUGUGGGAAGGAACUUACAUCUGUCAAGGGUGAAAUUUAACAAGAGGUAAACUGAGGCAAUUCCCAAAGUUAGAUAAUAUUUAUUAAUAUAAAUGCCUGUCAAUAAAUAAGUUAAUGACUUACCUCCAUUUAUGCCAAAAAGCAGAAGUAAAAGGAUUGUUCUGCUUUUAUAGAUUUUGAAAAGUACAGAACAAGGUAGAUGACAUCAUGGGAUUAAGAAUACCAGAGCUAUGAUUUGGGGACUGACAAGAGUUGUUGAAAGUUUGGUAAUGGGGCUAGCAAUGAUCCCUCACCCCUCCUGAAAGGCACCCUCAGGAGUGCAUAUUAUUUGGGUCCAGCUGCAAGAUAGUGGCACACAUAGGGCAGCAAACAUCUUUGAAGGAUACCUUGGUGACCUAAGGAUACUAUACUUGACUCUUGUGUUCACAUGCUUUCCUAAAUCAGCUAAUUCCUUGAGGCAAGAAUAAUUAGCAGAAGAGCUGUAUUUCUAAAUUUAACCCAUUUCAGGCCCCCUGGAUUCUGAAUUAAGUUCAGAAGCAGAGAACUGUGACAUAAGCAUAUACAGGACACAAGCAAUAAAUUGUAAAUAGGAUCAAUAAGAAAAUGAUACAGGAACAAUUACACAUACAGAAAACAUACUUAUUCACUCAAGUGUGUGUGUAUGUACACAAAUAUAUAAAUGUAUAUACAUACAUAUGUAAAUAUAUGCAUUUUUAUGUCUUAAAUCAUACUUUUCAUACUUCUCUUUAUCAUUUCUUUCUCUGAGAUAGAUAACAUCUUCUUUUAUAGAGCCUUGGUAAUUGACAUGAAUAUUUAUAAUACUCACAAUGGCUUUGUUGUUCAGUUAUUCCUCAGAGAAUAUUGAUGUUCUCAUGUCCAUUGUUCUUUUGGUCCUCAUUUCACUCUUAUUUUAUGCAAGUUUUUCCAUAUUUUUCUAAAACAAUUAAAAAAAACUAGGAAAAGAAAUAAAAAUCUUCAAUUAAACACCAAAUUGGAAAUCCUGAAAAAUAAAAGGAGAUAAAUAAAAUUCAAAAGAAUAAAACCAUUGAAUUUAUAAAUAAAAUUAGAUUCUGAUUUUGUUGGAGGGAAAGGGUAAGCAAAAUAUAUAAAUCAUUGGUUCCUAUGAUUUUUUUAAAGAAAGAAAGAAAAACAAAUUACUAGCAUGAAAAAUGAAAGGGAUGAAUUCACUACCAGUAAAGAGGAAAUUAAAACAAUUAUUAGGAGCUACUUUGCCCAAUUACAUGCCAUUAAUUCUGACAAUCUAAAUGAAAUGAUGUAUUAUUAACAGAAAUAUAAAUUGUCUAGAUUAAGAGGAAAUAGAAUUAAUAACUUCAUCUUUGAAAAAGAAAUUAAACAGUCAAUGAACUUCCUAAGAAAAAAUCCCUAGGACCAUAAGGAUUCAUAAGUGAAUUCUAUCAAACAUUUAUUUAUUUAUUUAUUUUUAAUUUUAUUUUUAUUAUUAUAGUUUUUAUUUACAAAACAUAUGCAUGGGUAAUUUUUCAACAUGGACCCUUGCAAAACCUUCUGUUCCAGAUUUUCCCUUCCUUCCUCCCACCCUCUCCCCUAGAUGGCAGAUAGUCUAAUACAUGUUAAAUAUGUUAAACUAUAUGUUAAAUCCAACAAAUGUAUACAUAUUUAUAGUUAUCUUGGUGCACAAAAAAAAAAAUGGAUCUAGAAAGAAAGAAAAAAACCUGAGAAGGAAAACAAAAAUGCAAGCAAACAAUAACAGAAAGAGUGAAAAUGCUAUAUUGUGGUCCACACUCAUUUCUCAUAGUCCUCUCUCUGGGUAUAGAUGACUCUCUUCAUCACUGAACAAUUGGAAGUAGUUUGAAUCAUCUCAUUGUCAAAGAGAGUCAGGUUCAUCAGAAUAGAUCGUCAUAUAGUCUUGUUGCUGUGUAUAAUGAUCUCCUGGUUCUGCUCAUUUCAUCAAAAUCAGUUCAUAUAAGUCUCUCCAGGCCUCUCAGAAAUCAUUCUCCUCAUCAUUUCUUAUAGAACAUUAAUAUUCCAUUACAUUCAUAUACUAUAACUUACUCAACCAUUCUCCAAUAAAUGGGCAUUCAUCAGUUUUUGGUUUCUUGCUACUACAAAAAGGUCUGCCACAAACAUUCGUGCACAUAAGGGUCCCUUUCCAUCCUUUUAAGAUUUCUUUCAGAUAUAAGCCUAGUAGUAACAUGGCUGGCUCAAAGGAUAUGCACAGUUUGAUAUCUUUUUGAGCAUAGUUCCAAAUUGUGGAUUCGUUCACAAUUCCACCAACAAUGCAUCAGUGUCCCAGUUUUCCCACAUCCCCUCCAACAUUCAUCUUUAUCUUUUCCUGUCAUCUUAACCUGAGAAGUAUGUAGUGAUAUCUCAGUUGUCUUAAUUUGCAUUUCUCUGAUCAAUAGUGAUUUGGAGCACCGUUUCAUAUGACUAGAAAUAGAAUCAAUUUCUUCAUUUGAAAAUUGUACAUAUCCUAUGACCAUUUAUCAAUUGAAGAAUGGCUUGCCUAUCAAACAUUUAAAGAAUAAUUGAUCUCAAUACCAUAUGAACAUAAAUGUGGUACUUAUACCUAAAUUUAGGAAGAGACAAAACAGGUAAAGAAAAUUACAAAUGAGUCUCCCUAAUGAAUUUUGAUGCAAAAAUUUUAAAUAAAAUAUUAGUAAAGAGAUUGUAGUAAUUUAUUGCCAAAAUUAUACACUGUGAGUAAGUGGGAUUUAUACCAGGAAUUCAGGGAUGGUUCAAUAUCAGGAAAACAAUUAGCAUAAUUGACCAUAUCAAUAACAAAACAGAAAUCAUGAUUAUCUCAAAAUCAGUGCAGAAAAAACUUUUGACAAAAUAUAAUACCCAUUCCUAGAGAUUAUAGGAAUAUUAAAACAACAAAGUAAUUAAAACAAAUAAUCAUUUGUUGUUAUUAUUAUUAUGACCACUAUUAAAACAAAUGAGUAAUAUUUAUCUAAAAUCAUCAGAAAGCAUCUGUAACAGAAAUAAGCUAGAAGCCUUCCCAAUAAAAUCAUGGGUAAUUAUUCAAUAUUGUACUAGAAAUACUAGCUUUAGCAAUGAGAAAAAAAGAAAUCAAAAGAAAAAAUAGACGAGUAAAGCUAUCACCUUGUAGAUUAUAUGAUUAUACAUAUAUAAAAAUCAACAGAACCUACUUUAGAUAACUACAACUUUAGUAAAGUUACAGAAUAUAAAAUAAACCCACAUAAGUCCAGCAUUUCUACAUAUUAAAAAAAAAAAAAAGCACAGCAGCAAAAAUAGAGAAAUCUCCCUUAAAGUAACUGUAGAUAAUACAAAAUAUUUGGGAAUCAAUCUGCCAACACAAACCAGGGAUAUUAUUCCAUCAUGUUCAACUCACAGCUAUGGCUUCUUUGUACACUCUUUUUCACUACUUUAAUAAUGAAAAAGUUUUUACUUACAAAUAUCUUAUUAGGAAUGGAAAGAGUUUAACCUUUUUGAAUCCUUUAUGUUUUCUCUUCCAUGUUUACCUUUUUAUGUUUCUCUUCAGACUUGUAUUGGAAAGUUCAUUUUAUUCUAUUCAGAUCUGCUUUUUUCAUCAAGAAAGCUUUUAAGUCAAUUAUUUUAUUGAAAAUCUAUUUUACCCUUGAGAGAUUACAUUCCAUUUUACUGGGUAAGUGACCUUUGAUUGUAAUCCCAGCUCUUUGUCCUCUAGAACAAGGGAUUCUUAAACUUUUUCCACUUGUAACCCCUUUUCAUCUGAGAAAAUUUUCUAUGGUCCUGGAUAGUUAGAUAUACAAACCAAACAUUUUAUGUAGGCAUACAAAAUAGAUAUACUUAUAAUAAAUUAUAAUUUCCUGACCCCCACAUUAAGUUAAAAGAUGCUACAUGAGGUCACAACCCACGUUUUAAGAAGCUGGGUACUAAAAUAUCAUAUUCUAAGGCUUCUAAACCUUUAUUGUAGUAGCUGCUAAAUCUUGAGUAGUCCUGUUAUUUGAAUUGUUUCUUUUUGGCUGCUUACAGUAUUUUCUUCUUAUAAAGGAAGCUCUGGAAUUUGACUGUCAUACUCCUGGGAGUUUUUAUUUUGUGAUCUCUUUUAGGAGUUGAUCAGUGGACUCUAUUUCUAUUUUACUCUCUGGUUCUAGAAUAUCAAGGCAGAUUUCCUUGAUAAUUUCUUGAAAGAUGAAGUUUGAGCUCUUUUUAAUUGUGGUUUUCAGGUAAAUUAUUAAAUUAUUUCUCCUUUAUCUAUAUUCCAGGGCAAUUAUUUUUCCUAAUAAAGUAUUCCACAUUUCUUCUAUUGUUUCAUUUUUAAAAUUUUGUUUCAUUGUUUCUUUUUUUAAACUUUAAUUGUUUUUAUUUAAUUAUGUCUUUUGGAGUCAUCAGUCUUAAAUUAUGAAAAAGGGAGGAUUUGGGGAACAUGGCAGAGUAGGUCAGAAAAUUCCAAGAUUUCCAGAUUUUUUCCCCACACAAAACAAAAUUGUACCUCAGGGCCAAUGUAGAGUGAAAAAUGAAUCAGAGAGGGGUGAUUCUGGGACAAGUGUUGUGAAGAUCUAAAGAAAGACCCCAGGACAGAGCUUAAACAUCUCCAGGCUAGCUCCCCAGAAACAGCAAGCUGGAAACCACUGGGCUAACUGGGUUUGGAGGUAGCCUCAACCUCAACCAUGGAAUUUUCACCUCUGGGACUUUGUGGAGAAUCUGGAGUCUGAGUCCGGGAAAAUUGAGGGAAUCUCUGCUGAUAAGGAGUACCAGCAGUCCAACUGUGCUGCUAAAAUGCCUCCUCAGGAGGAAAGUUACCAGCACAUACAAAAGUGCAUGCAGAAGUAAUGGGGCAGAGAAGCUGCUAGUGGCAGAGAGGAGGAUUAAAGUCAAGCCAAAGGCACCAUUGCCCCCAUCCCAGAAAUACAGGUGAAGGCACUAAUAAGUUCUUAUUUUUUGAAAAGUGAGCAGGCAAAGGAGAUAUAAUCCAAUUACAAAAAAUUACUAUGGGAAAAGGGAAGACUAGGAUUCAUUUUCAGAGGAGGAUACAGAAAAAAAGCCUCUUCUACUCCAAAAAGUAAUGUUAAAUGAUUACCUGCUCAAAAAGAAUUCAUAGAAGAACUCAAAAAAGACUUUAAAUGUCAAAUUGAGGAAAAUCUAAAUAAAAUCAAGAACAAUCCAAGAAAAAUAAGAUAUGAAAAGAAAUGUAACCAAUUUAAAAAGGAAAACUAGAGUCUUGAGGAAAAAAAGAAAACAACUCUUUGAAAAUUAGAAUUGGGUGAGGGGAAGUCAGUAAAUUUAAAAUAGAAAAAGAAUAAUAAAACAAAAUCUAAAGAAUGAAAAAAUAGAAGGGAAUGUGAUCUGAGAAUAGAUCAAGAAGAGAAAAAAGAAUUUGACCAACUGAAAACUAUGACCUUUAAAAAAAGAACUUUGAAAUCAUAAUACAACAAAUAAUUAAGGAAAAUUUUCCUGAAGUGGACAAGAAGGGAAAGUAGAAAUAGAAAAAAAAAAAAAAUCCAUCUAUCAUACUUGAAAGAGAUACUAAAAAAGAAAACCUACAAACAUUAUUUCCUAAAAAUUACAAAUGAUAGAAAGAUUAUUUUCCUAAAUUUCAAAAACUCCAAAUCAAAGGGAAAAAAAAUUUUAAUAGCCUUUUAUUUACAAGUUAUAUGUAUGGGUAAUUUUACAGCAUUGACAAUUGCCAAACCUUUUGUUCCAAUUUUUCCUCUCCUUCCCCCUUCCCCCUCCCCAGAUGGCAGGAUGACCAGUAGAUGUUAGAUGAAAGAUGUUAGAUAUAUUAAAGUAUAAAUUAGAUACGCAAUAAAUAUACAUGAUCAAACCAUUAUUUUGCUGUACAAAAAGAAUUGGACUCUGAAAUAUUGUAUAAUUAGCCUGUGAAGGAAAUCCAAAAUGCAGGCAGGCAAAAAUCUAGGGAUUGGGAAUUCAAUGUAAUGGUCCUUAGUCAUCUCCCAGAGUUCUUUUGCUGGGCGUAGCUGGUUCAAUUCAUUGCUCCAUUGGAACUGGUUUGGUUCAUCUCAUUGCUGAGGAUGGCCAGAUCCCGCAGAAUUGGUCAUCAUAUAGUAUUGUUGUUGAAGUAUAUAAUGAUCUCCUGGCCCUGCUCGUUUCACUCAGCAUCAGUUCGUGUAAGUCUCUCCAGGCCUUUCUGAAAUCAUCCUGUUGAUCAUUUCUUACUGAACAAUAAUAUUCCAUAAUAUUCAUACACCACAAUUUAUUCAGCCAUUCUCCAAUUGAUGGCAUCUACUCAGUUUCCAGUUUCUGGCCAUUACAAAGAAGGCUGCCACAAACAUUCGUGCACAUACAAAAGUUUCAUGGCUGGUCUUUUAUAAAAUGUUGAAUACUGUAAUUACUGCUUCCAUUGUCCCAUUAGUAAUUUAAUUCCAAUGAAUGCUGAUCAUGCUUGAUCAUAUCAAUUUAGAUGGUGAUUCAAUGAAGACUUGGCUCUGUAGAAUCAAAGGAUGAAGUACAGAUUUAGAUUAUUGAUUACUGAGUAAUAAUUAAGAAUUGUAGUAAUUCAACAGAAUCAGAAAUUAUAGAGUAAAUGUAGAUUUCUCUUAGUUUAGAGAAAUUUAUUUCCUUAGUUCUCUCUCUCAACUCUCACUUCAGAAGGGAGGAGGAAGCAUGAUAAGAUAUUCUGUCAGGUCAUGAGUUGAAGGUUGCCCAAUACUAGACUUUACAAAGACUGUUGAUCAACUUUGUGGUUUUCCUGUCUCCAGGGACUUGGAGACCCCCAUCUGUGAGUCAAACCAGCUGUAAUCCCACAUUUACAUCUGAUAUAGGCCAAUUAUUGGCUUAAUUUAAUUUUCAUUCCAAGAACCAUUUUAGCUCCUGAUAUAAAUCCUUUUUUUUUUUUAUCAUAAAAAACCUACUCUUACUGUCAGAUAGCUCCCUGACUAUUGAAAGCCUUGGAUCUCAAUUACUGGCAAUUACUAGCCUUGGUAAUAAAUUAACUUGGUACCUUGUGCUUCAGUUUCUCUUUGUCACAAAUUUUUAUUAUGAUACAAGAGAUAUCACAAAACAACAAAAUUAAAUUUAAGAGAAUGAAAAAAAAGUGAAAUAUUUCAUUGGAAAAACAAUAGUCCUGGAAAACAUCAAGGAAAGCUAAUAAUUACUGGUCUCCUUGAAAGUUAUGAUCCAAGAGCAUAGACAUCAUAUUUCCAGGAAUUAUCAAGGAAAACUGCCCUCAUUAUUUAGAUCCAGAAUGUAAAAGAGAAACUAAAAGAAUCUCCAGUCACUGACUGAAGGAGAUUCUCAAAUAUUAUAACAAGAUUCCAGAGCUUCUUAUCAAGAAAAAAUUGAAAGCACCCAGAAAGAAACCAUACAAAUAUAAUGCACAGGCAGGAUCACAUAAGAUUCAGUAGCUUCCAUGUUAAAAUAGAAUAAAGUGAGUUUGAAGUUCAUAUUCUAGAAGGCUAAGGAGCUAGGAUUACAACUAAGAAUCAUCUCACUAGAAAAACUGAAUAUAAUCCUUGAAAGAAGAGAACAAAUGUAUAAUAACAUAGACAUUCAAACAUUCCUGAUGAAAAUACCAAAGAUGAAUAGAAAGUUUGACAUUAAAACAUGACACAAAAGAACAUGAAAGAAAUCAUAAGGGACUUAAUAAGUUAAACUGUUUACAUUAUCUUGGCAAGAUAAUAAUACAUGUAAGUCCUAAGAACUUUAUCAUUAUUAUGGCAGUUAAAUGUACAUAAGCAGAAGGUAUUGGUGAAAGACAAUAAUGUUAGGGUGAUCUCAAAAAACCCAAAAAAAAAACCCAGAAGGAGGAGAAAGAGGGAUGUACUAGGAGAAGUGGGAAAGAAGUGAGGAAAAUCACACAAAAGAAAGAACUAAAUUGGAAAGGAAAUGGUGGAGGGGCCACAAAGCUUGAACCACUCUGUGCUGCAAAGAGACUAGAAUAUAUCAAAACUUUGUGAGGUAAAGAAAUCUGUCUUACCCAACAUAGAAACAAUAGAAAGAGGAUAAAAGAAAACCAAGGAGAUGAUGAGAGUAGGGCUGAUGAAGCAAUAAGGUAAUCAGAAGCAAAAAACACCUUUGAGGGGGUAGAAUAAAAAAAAAAAAGAAAGAGGAAAAAAAAUAAAUAGAAGAAAAGAAGAUGGAGGGAAAAUCAUAAUUAUUAAUCAUAACUGUGAAUGUGAAUAGAGUAAAUUCAUUUAUGAAACAGAAAUAUAAUGCAGAAUGAAUUAGAAACCAGAAUCUAACAAUAUGCUGCUUAUAAGAAAAACACCUGGAAGGAAAAAAUACACACAGAGUUAAAAUAAGGAACUGGAGCAGAAUAUAUUAUGCUUUUGCUGAAUUUAAAAAGGGCAGGGAUAGGAUUCAUGAUUUCAGAUAAAGCAAAAGUAAACCUAAUUAAAAAGGAUAAUCAGGGAAAUUACAGAUUGCUAAAAGGUACUGUCAAACAUGAAGAACUAUCAAUAUUAAUCAUAUAUGAUAAUUAAUAUUAUCACCAAUCAUAUCUAUCAUUAGCCAUAUCAUAAAAUGAUAUUAUUAUCAAAAUUAAACAUAUGUGCCAUAUGGCAUAGAAUUAAAAUUCAUAAAGGAAAAGUUAAAUGAGUUACAGGAGGAAAUAGUAAAACUACACUGAAGGGGUACCACAGCUUUCCUCUCUCAGAAGUAGACAAAUCGAACCAUAAAAUAAGAUGUCAAGGAGAUGAAUAACAUUUUAGAAAAGUUAACUAUGAUAGACUUCUCAAGAAGACUGAAUAGGAACAAAAAGAAGUAUACCAUUUUUCUCAGCUAUGCAUGACACUUCCACAAAAAUUCAAAAUGCAUUGAAUACAAAAACCUUGCAAAUACAGAAAAGUAGAAAUAUUAAGUGUACUUUUUUUCAAAUCAUAAUGCAAUGAAUAUCACAUUCAAUAAAAGAUUUCUGAAGAAUAAAUUAAAAAUUAAGUGAAAAUUAAAUAACUUAAUUGUAAAGAAUGUGGGAGUCAAGAAACAAAAGAUAAAAAUAAUAAUUUCAUUAAAAAGAAUGACAACACACCAAAUUUGUGAGAUAUAGCCAAAGCACUAUUUACAGAAAAACUUCUAUCUCCAAACACUUACAUGAAUAAAACAGAGAAAGAGCAGAUCAGUGAACACCAAAACAAAAACACUGCAAACCAAAAGAGAUUAAUGUGGUUAAAAGUAAAAAAGCCACCAAACUAGGAAAGUUAAGAUAUGGUUUAAUGAAAAAUCAAUAAAAUACAUAACCAAGUAGUUAAUUUGAUUAAAAAUGAAAAACCUAUAUCAAAAAUGAAAAGGGCAGGUGCAUCAACGUUGAAGACAAAAUUAAAGCAAUUAUUAGGAGUUAUUUUAUCCAAAAAUAUUUAAUAAAAUUGACAACUCAAGUGAAAUGGAUGAAUUUUUACAAUAUAAAUGAACAGAAAAGAUAACAAAAUACUUAAAUAACUCUAUUUUAGAAUGGGAAAUUAAACAAUCUAUAAAUUAACUCCCUAAGAAAAAAUCCCCAGGACCAGAUGGAAUUUUCAUGUGAACUCUACCAAACUUUUAAAGACAAUUAAUAUGAAUAACUUUUUUUAAAUGGGUAAAGAAGCAAUCUAACCAAAUU